CAAAGCCAGUGAAACAGUUCAAAAAGUGGGUUUUUCACAUUUAUUAUGACAACUAAUACACACAUAAGUACAAAAUCUUAAAGCAAGUAAGUAACAAUAAUUUUUACUUUUUUUGUAACUCCCAACUCUUUCUGACACAAAAAAACACAUCAUAUCAUAACUUAAGUAACUCAAAACCAAACUCUUCCAAAACAAACCCUAAACUCAAAAAUCAAAAUCUCUCUCUCUUCUAAUUAGAGAGCCAAGAAGAUGCAGAGUUCUUGUGUCUACAGAGAAUGCAUGCGCAACCACGCCGCGAAGCUCGGCUCCUACGCUAUUGAUGGCUGCCGUGAAUUCUCUCAAUCAGCCACCGGCGAUCUCUGCGUCGCCUGUGGUUGCCACCGCAGCUACCACCGUCGCAUCGACGUCAUAUCUUCUGCUCAAGUCACACACACGCGCUUCCCGUUCACGAGCUUGAGGCGCGUGAAGCAGCUGGCGAGGCUGAAAUGGAAAACAGCUGAGGAAAGAAAUGAGGAGGAGGAGGAGGACACAGAGGAGACUUCGGCGGAAGAGAAGAUGACGGUGCAGCGACGGAGGAAGUCAAAGUUCACGGCGGAGCAAAGAGAGGCGAUGAAAGAAUACGCGGCGAAGUUGGGAUGGACGUUGAAGGAUAAGAGAGCGCUUAGAGAAGAGAUAAGAGUCUUCUGCGAAGGGAUUGGUGUUUCUCGUUAUCUUUUUAAAACUUGGGUUAACAAUAAUAAAAAGUUUUAUCACUAACUUAGUAUUAAUUAAUUUCCUUAAUUGAGAUAGUACUAUAAUUUAGUUCCAUUUCACUUUCACAUCUUUUGUGUUAAUUUCUCCUCCUUAAUCGCUUA